AUGUCAAAGGAGGUCAUAAGGGAGAAGUAUUUAGCUUGGGAGAGGAUAGCAAAAAGAUUUAAUGCAAUCAGUUGGAAAAAGAGACCAGUUCGAGUAUUAAAAACUAAACUCGAGAAUAUGAGGAGACUUAAUCGACUCAAAAUUAGUUUAAGUACAUCCAACACAGAACAGGAGGAAAAGGAACUGAAUGUGAAAAAAGAGCCAAGUGUACAGUAUAAUGUAGAGUGCAGUGAGUUCAGCCAGUCAGUGGAUGAAGACAGAAUAAACGAACGAAUAUCAUCACCCAUACUGAAUGAUAUGGACCCGCUCAGAUUUGUUCUCAACUCGGAUUCUGGACUAGGGUCAACAUGUUCUCAAAAUGAUACGGACCUAAUAAAAUUGAAGAUGGAAUUAAUCAACUAUCAACUAGAAACUGCGAAACUGGAGAGACAACGCGUAGAAGACGCUAUAAGGGCAGAUAAAGAAGAACAAGAGUCUCGAGCGAUUGAAAAUUCGUUGCGCUUGCGCACAGCGAGGCUUAAAGCUUUAGCUGCUGAAAGGAAAUUAAACGAAGAUCAUCACAAUCGUUUAGGAUAUACAGAACAAGAAGUACUAGCGAUGGAAUAUAUAAAAAUGUCUACGAAUGUUACUUAA